ACUCUGUGCGGCCUUGGUUUUCAGAGUCGCUACACCGUGCAUCCCCCACGUUCUCUCCCCCACUCCGGCUAUAUAAAGUCAGGUCGCGGCCUGGAACCGGCGAAACUCAGAGCUGAGAGGUGUGUCGUGCGUGCAUGUGCAAACGUUUUGACGAGAUUAAAAAUUUUAUUUUGUUUUUCCAACACACGUCGAGUGACAUUGGAUGAAACUAAAAUGGGAAUUUCGGUGAUCAAGGUAGCCGUUUUGAGCGCCCUUUUGACCGUCACCGCGGCUUUUAGUUCCAGCAGGAGGAACGGUGAAAAUGACGAACUGGAAGAUACGAAUAAGCAGUCGGGGAGUAGGUGGUACAUAGUCAUGGUUGAAAACUUCUUGGCCAAAAAUAUGACGGUUCCAUCCACAACGUUUAUAACAGAACCAGUGGAAGGGGAUAAACCUGAAGAGACGGAAGAGGAUCCAGAUCCUUUGUCAGUUGUAUGGUACCUCGGUGCAUUUGGAGGACUGAUAGCAUUUUUCCUCGUCGUCACCUUCUCCGAGUGGUGCUGUGCUAGCAAGCACCUCUACAGGCGGCAGGCCUUGCCUGGCCCGUACAUCAGCACAUUUGGCGAUGGCCUGGACUGCACACCUAGGACACCACCGCCACCAUAUCACCUAUUCGCACCACCGCCAUAUGAAGUCGUAUCGGAAAAGCAGUUUCCCAUACUGAUCAUACCAGUGCACAAACCGACAACACCACCGCCUCCUCAGGUGUAGCGUUGUUUUUAAAAAAUUCCAAAUAAUAAAAAGGACUAAUAUUUAUGGAAUUAUAUACUUUAAAUUUUAAGCGAGCAGGUGUUCAUGAAAUAAAUUUACUCUCUGUUGGAUAUAUGUGUAUUUUGUAUAUAUUUCUGUCAAUCAUUGUUUCAUGUAAAUUUUGUUGACAAUCAAAAUUAAUCAUUUAUAUAUUUUUGUUCGCUUUAAAGUUAAAAUCAAGUCGUUUUUAUUUAAGAACUCAGGAAUCUUAAUUGUAAUAUAUUUAACCAGUUCCAACAUGUUUUAUUAUUUUACAUUUUGGACUUAUGUAGAGGAUAUUGUAAGAGUUCUAGAAUGAUGCACCAAUUCUUAUUCUGGACCUCAAAAGUAUUAAAGACUGUGAUUUUGUGAUAAGUUAUUUUUAAGGUUUUUCUAGGGUAAUUUUGAAUCUCCAAAAUGACUGAUGUGAAAAUUUGAUCUGUACAAACAUUUCCAGCCUAGUGCAGAUUACAAAAUUCAUAUUCAUAAGGUGUACUAUGGUACUGUACAUCAGUAAAAAUGCAAAAGUGCCUUAAUAUAUUUUUUUUUAUAAUUCUUUUAGUUAACAAAAUAAAAUUUAUGUUUAACUACCG